AUCUGCCAAAAACUGGGGAAAAAACUAGAAGUGGAACAUGCCUUUUCACUUGUUUCGGUAGUGGUCGUUUCAGUGUAGGACCGGUGGGAAACGGUCGGUCACUAAUCUCUGCAACACCCGGUGUUUGAGUUGCGGGAUGGAGUUUCGUUGGAAGACAGUAAAGCUACGUGUAAUUUAUAUUUAGUGUCUCUGUCUACUAACGCAGCGAUAUAUAUCGGAGCACUCCCCCGGGCAACAUGGCGGAUAACAUUAUCAUCAGGAUACAAUCCCCAGAUGGGAUGAAGAAAAUUCCUGCUACCAAGAGGGAGACUGUUGCUGCUUUUAUAAAGAAGGUGGGCAACGAGUUUGGUUUCAAUUCCAACGGGUUUUCUAUUUACCUGAACCGCAACAAGACCGGAGAGAUCCUCUCCCAGAACAAAACUCUGAGCCUGCUUAAGAUCAAGCAUGGCGACAUGCUGUAUCUGUUCCCUUUGGGAUCCCCUUCCUCCUCUGCGGAGGUGAUGGACACUGCCACCCCACACUCCUCUUCAUCCAUGCCAUCCGUCUCAUCUUCCUCGUCCUCUUCUUUAUCCUCCAUGAUCCCCCAGUCCUUCUCAGCACCCCAGGUCCAAGAGGACGAGAUCGAUCAGUAUCUGACGAAGCAAGAUGGCAAGAUCUACAGGAGCAAAGAUCCACAGCUAUGUCACCAUGGUUCCCUUGGAAAAUGUGUCCACUGUGUACCUUUAGAGCCUUUUGACGAAGACUACCUGAAUCACCUCGACCCCCCAGUGAAGCACAUGUCAUUCCACGCAUACCUUCGGAAGCUGACCGGUGGAGCUGAUAAAGGAAAGUUUGCAGCUUUGGAGAACAUCAGCUGUAAGAUUAAGUCGGGCUGCGAGGGCCACCCUCCCUGGCCGGAGGGGAUCUGCACCAAGUGCCAGCCCAGUGCCCUCACACUGAACAGACAGAAAUACAGACACGUGGACAACAUCAUGUUUGAGAACCACACCAUUGCGGACCGCUUCCUGGACUUCUGGAGGAAGACGGGCAGCCAGAGGAUGGGGUACUUGUACGGCCGGUACACUGAGCACAAAGACAUCCCUCUGGGCAUCAGAGCUGAGGUGGCUGCCAUCUACGAGCCACCACAGAACGCCACUCAGAACAGCCUGGAGCUGGUGGAUGAUCCUAAAGCGGCAGCUGUGGACGAAAUCGCUGCCAAACUGGGCCUGUGCAAGGUGGGCUGGAUCUUCACUGACCUGCUGUCUGAGGAUACGAGGAUAGGCACCGUCCGCUACACGAGAAACAAUGACUCCCACUACCUGAGCGCCGAGGAGUGCAUCACAGCGGGAUACUUCCAGAAUCUACAUUCAAACCCUUGCAGACUCUCUCGAGAUGGCCAUUUUGGCUCCAAAUUUGUGACCGUGGUAGCAACAGGCGGUCCAGAUAACCAGGUGCACUUUGAAGGAUACCAGGUGUCCAAUCAGUGCAUGGCUUUGGUGAGAGACGAGUGCCUGCUGCCCUGCAAAGACGCUCCUGAGCUGGGCUACGCUAAAGAGUCGAGUCCCGAGCAGUACGUACCAGACGUCUUCUUCAAGGACACAGACAAGUUUGGAAAUGAUGUCACGUUUCUAGCCCGGCCUCUUCCCGUGGAGUACCUAAUCAUAGAUAUAACAACCACUUUUCCAAAGGACCCCCAGUACACCUUCUGCUCCACACAACGAUUCCCCAUUGAGAACCGUGAAAUCCUGGGAGAGACACAAGACUUCCACAGUUUAGCAACAUACCUGUCCCAGUGCACCUCCACGGCAUUCCUGGACGUCGUGUCAGACUUCCAUCUGCUCCUCUUUCUCGUCACCAAUGAAGUCAUGCCUCUGAGAGACAGCAUUGGGUUGCUACUAGAUGCGGUGAAGACUUCUAAUGAAGAUCUGGCACAGACCUGGAAGAAGUCUGAGCAGUGGGCCACUAUCGAGCAGCUGUGCAGUACAGUGGGCGGGCAGCCCUCCAGCUCUCAGGGUUACGGGGCCAUGGGCGGCCCCUCGGCCCCAGCGUCCUCCUCCGCCAUGUGGUCCUGCCUCCACUGCACCUUCAUGAACCAGCCCGGCACAGAGCACUGUGAAAUGUGCAGCUUGCCCCGCGGUUAAAAAACCCCCAAAACAAAACAAACACCCUCCCUCCACGCCCAGCUCUGUCCUGAUCUUAUCCCGCCCAGCCCUCCUCUUAACUGGCCAAUAACAUCGCUGCACCAGGACCCGCUGCGAGAUUUGGAUGUCCCUUUUUCUUCUUCACUAUUUUGCCUCACUUUAAAGUCUGUUUACAUCCAAUUCAAUGAGUAAAUAACAUUAAUCCAGACUUUUAUUUUUUGUAUCCCGACUCACAGCGGCUCUGAGUGGCAGGGCUCGUUAAGGCAAAGCACUUUUGGAUAAGGUCCCUUUCACUUGCCCCCACACACACACACACACACACACACACACACACACUUUUGAAUUAUCAGCCCCUCAAAUAAAUGCCCGCUGUGACACGAGACAACAGCAAAGACUCGAGUGUUUGGACGUCCUCUCACAUCAGUGCCCCUCUUACUCUCACAACAUCUUCUGGAAAAUCUCGCUGUGUAUAAAUACAUUUGAGGAAUGAUGCUAUUAUUUAAUUCUUUUUUCUUUUCUUUUCUUAUCUGAUUGUAGCGAUACCGUAACAUUUUGAAUCUUCAGCGUGGACGCCACUCAGUCAGGUUUUUAUAGGUCUCUUCGACAAGUCCCUUGAAGUACAAUCAUCGGUCAAAGCUCACACCUAAAAACUCCAAAAGAGCUCCAGAGUAAUUCCACUGAAGUAGAAAGUUUAUAUUUUCAAUAUUAAAUUACUUAAAUAAGUCCCAGUGUUGAAAAGCUACACCCCCCCCCCCCUUACUCAUCCUCCCCUGAGUGCAGAAGUAACGUGUGCUGUUGGUGAUUAUUACUGAUGGUCCCACCAACUUGAAGUGGUUUCUUAAGAUCUUUCCCUGGUUUUGUUGCAGUUGUAGCGUUUAGGUUUGGUGGUUUUGAGCUUGAACAGGCAUUAUAUGUAGCUCAUUUUAUCAGCUAUGUGUUCUGCCUCUGAUUAAACUCCCUAGGACCCCCCCCACUGUCCCCUUUAUAAUUUGUACUGUACUGUCCCUGAGGUGCUUCUAGAAACAACUGGUGCUCGCCACUUCUCUAUCGGUCGCUUGAUUUCUCGCUGGCGCUGGUCCGUGAGUAGUCGGACCAUAACCCCCGUCACUGGGCCUUCGAAGACUUCGCUGCUCAGACACCACGGGGAGAGAAAGAUGACCUCACACUUUUCAUCUGAUGUCUGCGCUGUACAUCUGCAAGCAGGAUGACGGCAAAAAGUGUAUGAGAGAGCAUCGUCUGUUUGCUUCCAGCAGGUGGCGCGUCGGAGGAUCACGUUGUAGAGCUUCAGGUGUGAGACGCUCCUCGAUAGGCGUGGGCCAGCAUGAGAUUCUGACGGUAUGAUAACCUUCAGCAAAAAUAUCAAGGUGUCACAGUAUUGAAAUUACAGCUAUAAACUGCACUUCCUGUCCUUUAAAUACACUUAAAAAAAAAAACAGCUCUUACUUUGGGAACAGCAUGACAGAAAAUGUUAGUGGUUUUCAAACGGUGGCUUUUUCAAACCAUGGGGUACCUUGAAACCCGUAAUCGGACCAUGAUUAGUCCUCAAUGGCCCUAAAAAGGCUAAACUAAAGGCUAAAAAACUGGCCACUUAAAGGGUUAGUUCACGUUCAAGUUGCAAAAAAAACCAACCAUUUUCCCACUUUGUGUUAUUCAGCCACGCCAACAGCUACUACGUAUCUGAGAUUCUGCCUCCACCUCAUGGAGGUAAAUCUUAUUUGUGGUGCUGAGAGUAUUGACGUGAUGUGGUUUUUAUAAACAGGAAGUUGAGGCAGAAAUCUCCAUGACUCCGAUGUAUAGAGGCCACUAGUGUUGAGUUUUUUAAAUUGGGAAUACUUUAAAUACUUUACUUGAACUUUAACAUAUUUCAGUCAGCAGUGGGUGUAUAAAGGUUGUUCUUUAAAACUGGUUAGACUUUUUCUUUUUACAACCUUUUUCUUUUUACAACCCUUUUGAUUUAAAUUAUCAUUAAUGAGAUGAAUUUGGGGACCAAAACCUGUCACUUGAGUCAUGAGAAGUUGAGCUCCGGUUGGCGUAUCGUCAUGUUUAACAUCUGGCGGUGAAGUAUUACUUUGUGCCGCUUCACCGAAACGCUCGUAACAUUUCUGACAAGCACAUGUUCUAAAAAAUCCAACACGUUGUUGUUUUCCUACACUGUUGUGGGGGAGCUUUUUUUUUUUUUUUUAGUACCUUCAUCUGUAGUCCAGAGGUAAAUAUAUUCGAAAAAAACAACAUCUUAAAGAUAAAAAGAAACGAGUGUCGAAGAUCAUAUUUGACACAUGUGACCAAAAUGUUCUUGCGUGACGUGAAUGCAUCUGCAAUGUUUCUCUUGAUCACAUCAAAUUGGAGAAUUGACUUUAAACUCUAGAGAACAUUUGAU